GGGGCCGGGGCUACUUCCGGGGUGCUGCGGCGGAAGCGCCGGUCGCCGGGGGAAACACGGCGGGAGCGGAGUGAGCGGAGCGGGGUGGCGGCUCCCGGGCCAUGGGACGCCGUAAAUCCAAGCGGAAGCCGCCGCCUAAGAAGAAGGUGACGGGGACGCUGGAGACACAGUUCACCUGCCCCUUCUGCAACCAUGAGAAGUCUUGUGACGUCAAGAUGGACCGUGCCCGCAACACGGGGGUGAUCUCCUGCACCGUCUGCCUGGAGGAGUUCCAGACUCCCAUCACCUACCUCUCGGAGCCGGUGGAUGUCUAUAGCGACUGGAUCGAUGCCUGCGAAGCUGCCAACCAGUAGCAGCCAGGACAGACCCUGCCCGCAGCACAACCCUGGACCCCCGGAGGAGGGUGGUCCUGUCCCUGCCCCAAGACCCGCCGUGGGAGGUUGUGUCCCUGCUGCCCCUUCACGGCAUUUUCUUUACGUUUUCUACCUUUCUGUCCCCAGGCACGGGGGACCUGGCUCACACGGGGACCCAGGAUGUGUCCCCUCCCUGGGCACAGGACCUCUCCUCUUGGAGGAGGCUCGCCCAGCCUCACUGUGGCUUGUCCCAGGUGCUUAAUUGCUGUUCACCAGUGAGCUGCAGGGACGCGGGCCUCGGCCGGGCACGCAGGCAAUGUGUUUUGGCAGAGCUGCCUUUGAAUAAAUGCCCUUGCGGGGCUGGGCUGGG